AUGUCGCCAAAACUUAGAAAAAAGAAAAAAUCUCCAACAGAAAAGCCCGAGGAAAUAUCAUCGCCUUUCCUAAGGGAACCGUCUACAGUUUCUAUGGAGGGUGUUGAGUCCAUUGAAAUUGCCCUAUCUACAAAAGUCAGAGAGGUUACUUCAACUACUCCAAGCGUUGAAGAAAUCAAGAAAUGGAAGCGAGCCGAUGUUAUAAAUUUUUUACAAGAGAAGAAAGAAGAGCUAGACAUCGAUGAUAAGCACAUUGAAUUCAUCAAGGAUCAAGAGGUCUCCGGUUCAGAUUUUUUGCUCUUGUCCGAAGAGAAACUGCUAAAUAAACCUUAUAAUCUUGCUGGUGGACCAGCUACAAGAAUUGCAGAAUUGGCUAAAGAAAUCUCUGGCGAAAAUCAAGUGACGUUAAAGCGUAAAUAUGAAGAAUCAACAGAGAACUUAACCGAGAUUGUAAAAAGUGCGGUGCGUGAAGAAUUCUCCCUGCAAAAACCUGAUGUAAUUUCGGUAUCAAAGCUUUCCGAUACAAUUAUGAAAAAAAUUAUGGAUGAUAUUGGAAUAAAGACUGCAAAGCAGGAGGAAGUUCAACAGAUGCAAGUUGUCGAGAAAUGGUUUAAGAAUGUAUUAAGUCUACCAAGGAAUUUCCACGUGAAAGAUGUCCACAAACAAGUAAACUUUCAACGACAUUUGCGAGGUGCAAACACAAUUAUAACAGGUGGUGCCGAUAUAUCUGUCGGACCAAGUGAUACAGCUUGCGUUUGGAUUGAAACUAAGAAAACAUUGGAGGAUUUUCAAGCCAUGGGAGAAUUAUUCUUAAUAGAUAAACUUCAUCCGACAAAUGCAAUGACC